AUGGGCCACGAGCCGACAUACGUUGUCACUGAUCAAGAUGCAUCUUUAAGGGUAGCAGUGCCGAGGGUUUUCAAGUCUGCACGGCACCGAUUUUGUAUGUGGCAUAUUAUGACGAAGGUGGGUGACAAGGUUCGGGCGGUGCUUGCCAAUGAUCAGCCUUUUCGUCGGGAUCUCAACACUAUUGUAUGGGAUGAGUGUAUAACGAUAGACCAGUUUGAGUCUAGAUGGCUUCAGAUUAUGGAGGAUCAUGGUCUUGCUAAGCAUAGGUGGCUUCAGUUGAUGUUUGAGUUGCGUGCAUUUUGGAUACCUGCUUUCUUUCGGGACUUACCGAUGAGUGGUUUAGUGCGGACUACAUCUCGUUCCGAAUCCCAGAAUAGUUCAUUUGGGGGUUGUACUAAUUGUCAUGCAAGUUUGGUGGAGUUUUUUAUUCACUUCGAAGGUGCAAUUGAUAGUCAAAGGCAUAAGCAAGCUAAGUUCGAUGCUUUAUGUGAGGGAUAUUUGCCAGUGGUAAAGACGCCUUUGGCUAUUGAGCGUUAUGCUGCUGCCGUUUAUACCAUUACUGUUUUCUAUGAUGUGCAAGCAGAGAUUGUUGCUGGCUGCUUUGAGUGUCGAGCUUUGUCGGUUGUGGUGGAUGGUGAUGUAAAACGCGUUGAAGUAGAGGGUGCAAAUGGUGUUGUUUGUGUUGUUUUGUUUCAUAUGGUUGAAACUACAGCUUCUUGUUCGUGUCGUUUGUUUGAGUGUGUUGGGUUGCUUUGUAGGCAUAUUUUUCUUGUUUUUAAGGAUGCUUGCGUGGAGUCCAUUCCGGCGUGCUAUGUUGUCUCUCGGUGGACACGUGAUGCUUAUAAGCGCCCAAUUUAUGAUAUAGAUGGUGUGCACGAUGCUUCUAUUUUGGGUGGGAACUCUAUCAAGGGUGCCAUGAAAGAGGUUUGGAAUGAUUUUUAUAGUUGCGUUGCACUUGCUGGCGGUAACUCUGAUCGUGUAUCGGAGUUGUCUCGUAUUUUGAAGGACUUGAAAAUUUCAUUUGUGGAUGCGGAUAGUUCAAUGGGUUCGUCAGUGGGUAAGACUGGUGUGAUUCGGUCAUUUGGUGGUGUUUUGACGUCUUCGGAGGUUGUUGUACACCCUCCUACGGUUGCGAAGAAUAAGGGUUCUGGGAAGCGCUACAAAACUGCAAAAGAGAUUGCUAUGGAGAAAGCCGCGGAGUUUACUCGUGAGUGUGCCACGUGUCAUAAAUGCAAUGGACAUGACACCCGUAAUUGCCAGUUAAAUCCAAAAUCCAAGGCAAAUGUGCAAGCACAGUUGAAGACGAAGGCAAAGUCCAAGGCCAAGGCGUAG